AUGAAGUCUCUUCCGUUCUCGCUUCUGCUCGUUUACCUCUUCCAGUACGGUGAGUAUCCUCCAAAACUGUACAGUUUCCUUAUUUCAACUAAUACGUAGUCAUGAAACGUCACGCAUUGCACCAUAAUUGGCCCUUCUUCACUUAUUUCCUUUCCGUCGGGACUAUAGAAUAUUCAUUGACAGCCCGGUCGCAGUCGUGUUCCGACAACCACAUCCACUGCGUUUUCUGGUCAGAGAAGGGAGAAUGCGAAACGAAUCCAAGAUGGAUGAAGAGAAACUGUCAAAGAGCGUGUGGAGUGAGUCACUUCUCGGGUUGAGGGGUUUAAACUAAAGCUGCAGACGUGCCGGUUGACAGGCGCGAAAAGCCAAACAAGACAGCUGGACGUGCCAACUACGAGAACCUUUGAUGAUGAUCAGAACAUACAAUUUCUCCCGUCGAGGCCGUCUUCCAUUCCAGAAGGAUGCAACUCUGUUCAGACUGUCGAAGGUGCCUGAAAGUGUUCAUCUCCACCCCCAUCUCAUUCUUUUCAGCUGAAACCCGUCGAAUCUUUUCGAGCGGUCAGCUGAUGGCCCGUUUCCGUCAGCAGAUUUGCGCCGAAGAGCAGAUUGCCCCCGACUGCUCCGUCAAUCAGUGCUUCCACAAGAAGUAUCGCUCGAUGGACGGCACGUGCAACAACCUGCAAAACCCCGCCAAAGGAGCCGCCUUCACUGCCUAUUCGCGUCUCAUGCCGGCUGCCUAUGAUGACGGAUUCAACACACUUGUUUGUGAGUGACAUUUAAUUGUGCACGGAUACUGUAGGGCACAGAGAGCAAACAUUAAACAGUUCAAUGACAAAAUAGGAACGAACAAUACUAUGUGUGAUCCUGUGAUCUUUGAAAGAUGACCUUCAUUUCCAGCCGCUUCCCGUCGAAACCGUCCGAAUCCGCGGGAAGUUUCCGUCUUUCUGUUGUCAUCUGAAAGGUCACUGCCUGGCCAUACUAAUUCACUUCUCAUGCUUUUUGGGCAGGUGAGAGGCUUAUCGUCAGUUCCCCUUUACUUUCAAAUGUCUUUAGUUUGUCUCGCAUGACAUCACUUCAAAUGCCGCCCAGGGAUCCUGCUCGUGCGGCAGUUCCGGUCCAAUGUGCGCUUCGAUCUUUGCACCGCCAUCGGAUAGAUCGUAAUUAUAAUGAAAAUGGCAAAAAGUAAAUCGGAACAGUUUUCAGAAGACGAUGCAUUCCAUUCACUCGUUCAUUCCCCAUCUGCGGAACUGGCCAAUUUGGAAGAGUUCGCGACCAGCUCAACAUGAAUACAGCAGCAAUUGACGCCAGUUUGGUAUGAAAGGGAAUGAGACCAAGUAUAAUAUAUUUGUCAGUUUCAGAUCUAUGGAUCAGAAGCAAUCACCGGGCGCAGCUUGAGAUUCGGAGCAAUGCUCAGAACUACAGUGACUUCAAUCUGAUCAAUUUCUCACCAAUUAUUCCAAUUUCAGAUUCUCCAAGGACGCGUGUUCCCUCCAAAUACCAAUCCGGGUAGUCUGACUGCUGGAGACGGGAGGGCGACUUUGUUCAACGGAUUGGCUGCUCUUCACACUUCCUUCCUUCGUCUUCACAACAAGUACGGAAUCCAUUGAGUGCAUUCCUCUCAUACGUUGUUUUCAGUAUUGCCGCUCGUCUUCAGAACAUGAAUAGACGCUGGAAUCCCGAUCGGAUCUUCCAAGAAACAAGAAAGAUUGUCGGAGGAAUCGUUCAAGUGAUCACUUACCAAGAGUUUGUUCCAGAACUGGUGGGAGAUGCUUCGAAGACGGUUCUCGGCGCAUACAACGGGUGAGUGCGAGUUGGUCGGGAGUACAAAAUCAUCUGAUUUCAGAUACAAUCCGAAUGUGGAGCUCGGCAUUUUGAAUGAGUUCGCUGCUGGAGCGUAUCGUCUUCACGGAAUGAUUCAGGAGUCUUAUCCUCUGAAGACUCUCAGUUCCGGGAAUUCCACAGCUUCAGAUUCAUCGACGCUGUCAACAAUAUCCAGCAUGUCAUCUCAAACAUAGAUUCUAUUUACAGGUUUUCCAGGUGACGACCGCUGAAAAACAGUUCAAAGUUUUCAGAGGAAUGAUGUCCGUUCCGGUGCGCAAUCCGCAGAGAUUGACGACCUCGGUGACGGAGAGACUGUUCGGGGGCAGUGUGGAUAUGGCAACAAUCAAUAUUCAAAGAGGAAGAGAUCACGGCUUGAGGUAAGCGCUCACAAACGAAAAAGACCAGUGAGCAAAGGAGGGAAAGGGCAAAGUCUGACUCGAAUGGCGCCACCUACUGUACCCCGGUCGUAUCUUUUAUCGCUUUGAGCGCGCCCUUAUUGGUAGAGAGAAUGCCGCGUAAUGUGAUUGUGUAGUCGAGAAGAGAAGACUGAAUCAUGGGGCGAUUGUGGUUGAGUUGCAAAAAAGGAACUAACAACAUUUAGCUUGUGAAUGAAUCAUCAUUUGUUUGCCAGUGCACCAAAACAAAUCACUUUCAGAUCCUACAAUGACUACCGCCGUUUCUGUAACCUGCAACCAAUCACAAGCUUCGAUAAUGUAAUGCAAACCACAAUUAACUCUGAAAACGUAUUUUUCAGUGGCCGGAAGUUCCAGAUCAGAAUGUCCGCCAACGCAUUGCCCAAUUGUACCGCACUCCGGAUGAUGUACAUAUCUACAUCCUCUCCAUCCAAUCCCGUUUUAUUUUCAGGUUGACUUCUAUGUCGGAGGUAUUUUGGAGCAACCGUCGGCCGGAAGCGUCGUCGGAGCCACAUUUGCGUGCGUCAUUGCAAAGCAGUUCGAGCGCCUUCGCGACGGAGAUCGCUUCUAUUACGAGAACACUGGAAUCUUCACUUCCGCUCAAGUGGCCGAACUGAAGAGAACCACGCUUUCGUGGGUGCUCUGCCAAACUGGAGACAAGUCAGUGAUGAGUGACAGCUCCAGAAUCCAUUGCAUUUCUGUUUCAGCAUGAUUCGUCUUGGUCGCCGCGCUUUUGAGAUUGAGGACGGUUCUCGUGCUGUUCCCUGCUCUUCGAUCACCGGAUUGAAUCUGGAAGCGUGGAGAGAGUGA